GAGGCCAGACGAAAGCUGCUACAUUUCUUGUUCCCUCCUGCUCCCCUCCCACCAUCUCUAGCGCCAGCCUACGGUGGCAAAAUUGACAUUCCAUUUAUCUAUUCGUGUCUUCAACCUGCUCCUCGGUUAGAUUCGAAGACCUCUGAAGAUGCUGCACAGCCAAAGGCUCUCAUCCCCAGUCUUCUCCCUUUCCAGAAGCGGAGCGUUAUCUGGAUGCUCUCAAGGGAGGGUAAAACCCUUGAUGCCUCAGGCGCUGUUGUAGAUAUACCAAUACAAGCGACAUAUCUCCCACUGACUUGGGAGCGUGUCGUUUUGAGCCGCGAGAGCGGCAAGCAGCUUGUGUCCUACUAUCAGCGCGUCACCGGUGCUCUUUCUAUGGAGAUGCCAGAAGAGGACGAGGUUGCUCGUGGUGGGAUACUUGCCGAAGAGCCCGGGCUUGGCAAGACUUUGGAGUGUAUAGCCCUCGUAAUGCUGAAUCCAGGUAUUGGCAGGAACCCUUCGAACUCGCGUUGGGACCCUGUAGCCAAGAUCGACGUGAAGGAGAUUAGAGCUACCCUUAUUGUUACGCCGGGAUCGCUCUCGCAACAAUGGAAAGAUGAAUUUGCGCUUCAUUCACCGUCGCUCAAGGUUCUCGUGUACGAUGGCUGGACCAAAGUCCCUGUACCUAUCACUAAACCGCGUGUCACAGUCGAGACUCUAGUUCCAAAGGUUGAAAGCAAGACGAAGCGCAGGGUGACAGCAAGAACAAGCAAGUCUAAAGUUUCGAGCAAGAAAUCCAAUGUCACAGGUGAAGAGUCCGAUGUCAAGGUGGACACUGCGGAAACACUCGAUUGGUGCUCUUAUGUGAACACUUUCGACGUAGUUAUCACGACGUACAACGUGCUUCAGCAGGACCUCAAUGUCGCCAGAGCGCCACCAGUGAGGCCAAGGCGCGGAGUGGCUGAGUAUAUGAAGACAGAAAGGCCGAGAAGUCCUCUCGUCAUGGUUGAGUGGCACCGAGUCAUCAUGGAUGAAGUCCAGAUGGUCGGUGGAGGGAGGAUACAGGAGAUGGUAUCGCUCAUACCGCGCUCUUCGUCCUUUGCCGUUUCAGGCACGCCUGCACGAGCGCAUGUCUCCGAUCUAUCUCACGUUCUCAAGUUUCUUCGCGUAAACCCUGAAAUCUACUCUCUGCGUGUUUGGGCACGUUUGACUGAACCUGAACACGUCACGGAUUUUGCAGCCCUGUUCCAGCGGUAUGCAGUUCGGACGAUGAAAGCUAGUGUUCAAGAUGAGCUCACAAUACCUCAACAAACUCGCUUCCUUGUCCCCAUAGAGCUAGGCAAAGUUGAGCGGCAUGUCUACGACCAACAUAUGGAGAGGGCCUUACUUGAACUAGGUCUUGACGCUCGUGGUGUGGCAGCUACGGAAAACUGGCAGAUAGACACGACCCUCCUGCGCACCUGGCUGCGCAAGCUUCGUCAGAUCUGUACGCACCCACAGGUCGGACAGCUGUUGAAGCAGGGCGAUAGAUUGAACAAGCCUGGUGCGCUUAAGUCUAUGGAAGAUGUCUUGGAGAAUAUGAGGGACCAGAACUGGCGCAACCUCAUGGAUGAUCGUCGUGCGAAAGUCAAUGAGCUUGCUAGGCAUGCUCAACUAGUUCAACAUGACAAUGCUAUUGAUGCUCGCUACCUACGGGCUUCUCAAAUGCUGUUACAAGCUGAGAAAGAAGCCGAUCAGCUCAUGAACGAUCUCAAAGCUGCCAUCGCCGAACAUGAUGCCAAGGGCAACGAGCUGAAAAAAGAGGCUGCCUUACUCAAAGCGUCUCGGGCCCAGAGUAGCGAAGAUGAGUUGGAGAAGGGCAAGGGCAAAGCACCCGCACGAGAUGAAACACCUGCAUUUGAUGAAGGUUCAAUGGAUAGCGACCUCCCUAACACCGCCAUUGGGGAGGAACACGGUAUCAAACGACGGGCAUUGCAGCAGCGCGUGAGGGAGUGCUACAUCGCCAUGCAUCGGAUCAAGUUCCUGCAAGGCGAUGCCUAUCAUGUCAUGGGAGAUGCGAGAGCAGCUGAAGAGGAUGCAGCAUAUAGUACAGCAGAAGAGUUGCGCCACAAACUUUUAAAGAUUACAGAGGAGGCUGCGACACGUGCCAUGGCUCAGCUCGCCAAGGAUGUCAGUGCGAAGGGAUUAACAAAGCAAGACCUCUUAGUAUCCCUGCCGUAUUGUCCCAAAGGAGGGAAGCGCUCUGCUGAUUUACUCGAAGAGGCUGAUAAGAUCAUCGAAGAACGGCUCAAUGCACAAACCGAGCUUCUAUGGCAAUGGAGGGAGCACAUAUAUGGACUCCUGACCCAGAACUUGACGGCGAGCGAGUCCGAGGCCGAUGGACAGGAGUAUUCUCGGACUAUUGCAACGCAAGGCGAGGCAGAAACCUACUUACAGGCAUAUGCUGCGCUUAUGGCUGACCGUCGCGAGGUGCUCCUCGCAGAGCGCACUGCACUAGCUGCUCACGAUGUCAAAGAGAAGAAGCUUCGAAAAACACGGGCUGCUGUGAAGGCAGCGGCGGCUCUAGACGAUGAUUUCGAGAUUCCAGACGAUAUCGAACUACAGCCGGAGCACGAAGUCCUUCAAAGAGACCUUACAGAUGCCCGGAAGGACCUUUUGGAGGAUAUGGAGAACCGUGCUGUCAGAUCGAUUGUGGUGGAACUGGCUGGUAUAGCUGCGAAGAUCUCUCGAGACGACGACCCUGAAAAAAUCAUGGCCAAAGAAGGGGCCAAUUCUCUCAGGCGUCUCAUUUCUUCCCAAACUGCUAUGAACGACAAAUUAGAGGCUGACAUCGCCCAGUUCCGCAAAGCUUUCAACGAGCGUAUUCAGUAUUUCCGCCAACUUCAAGAAAUUUCGGACUCUGUCGUGGAAGUUGAAUGGGAACAUACUAUCGAUCUUGCCAUCGAAGAGAGUCGAGUAACGCAGCAAGAGUUAGAUAGGAAGAUCAACACAGGUCGUGCAAGGCAGCGCUAUCUCGACCAUCUUGCACAAAGUCAAGAUGAUGGUAACGACGAAGAUGAUGGGGCGUGCAUACUGUGUCGAUGCACCUUUACUCGAGGCUACAUUACGCAAUGUGCCCAUAUCUUCUGUGAAGAUUGCAUCAAGUCGUGGAUCACUCGUCAGGGAGGCAAGGCUUGUCCUGUCUGUCGCGUUGGCCUUGAUGUGGACAACCUCCAGCGUUUCUCCGUUCAGGAGAAGACUCAAGAUAAUCCUGCACCAUCUAUGCCUGACAAAUCCGUCAACAAGGAGGCUGCUCCGAGGUCACGCCGCAAGAUAGAGUACAACACGAUACGUGCAGGCCUUUUCGAAGAGGUACAGUCGAUGGAAGUUACCGGAAGCUAUGGAAGCAAAAUCGAGACGCUCGUUCGGCAUUUGUUGUAUCUGCAAUUAGCAGAACCGGGAGCGAAGAGUAUCGUGUUUUCAGCCUGGGCUGAUUCGUUGCAGAUCAUUGAGCAUGCGCUGACCAUGAAUGGAAUAACAUGCAUGCGAAUUGACCAAGUCAAAGGCAAACAGAACGCUGCGAAGCACUUUCGGACCGACCCCGAGCUUCUCGUCUUGCUUCUUCAUGGGGAACGCGAGAAUGCGGGAUUAAAUGUGACCAGCGCAUCUAGAGUCUUCCUGCUCGAGAGCGUGGUUCAUCAUUCGUUGAUGAUUGAGGGUCCUGCAGCUAUCGCACGUAUCGAUCGUAUGGGUCAAACGAGGCCGACUGAAGUCUAUUGCUAUUAUGCUGAGGAUACCAUAGAGAAGAACAUCCUGGACCUCGCAGCACGUCAGGGCCUGUCUCUCUACACCAAGGAUAACUCCGCCGGCACGCUCAACGUCACCGCGCUCGCCCCGGACGCAGAGAAGAACGUGGUGGAGGCGCCUGCGAAGAAGAAGACGCAGAAGGGCGAUUUCAUUUUCAAGACGGACGACAUGCUGGCCAUCCUCUUCCCGCACAUGUACGAAGAGAUCGAGUACCUCCUUCCC